AUGAAGAAUAGAAUAGGAAAGGCUGUGAUGAAUGACGGCACACCCUCUAAGACUGUCAAGAAGAAAGUUCUUAUUGGUCUCACCAAAAGCUGGAGCAAAGUUGUGGAUCCUACUAGGAAGAUGAAGGAGGUCUCUUCUAGUGAAUCUGAUUAUGAUGUUGAACAUGAUGUUCAGUACAUCACCCCACAAAAGAAAACAGUGGUGAGAAAGAUACUUGUGAAUGUUCCUGAGGCGCCUUUAGAUAAUAUCUCAUUCCACUUCGUCAAUAAUGUGGACAGAUGGAAAUUCAUUUACCAGAGAAGGCUAGAUCUGGAAAGGGAACUUGGACAGGAUGCAUUUGGGUGCAAGGAAUUUAUGAAACUUAUUGAACAUGCAGGUUUGAUGAAAAGUGUUACAGGCUUUGGAAAAUUCUCUGAGGUGCUGGUGAAGGAAUUUAUUAGAAACAUUCCUACUAACUGUGAUGACAAUAAAAGCAAGGAAUUUAGGAAAGUUUUUAUGAGAGGAAAAUGUAUAGAAUUUUCACCUAAUGUGAUCAAUAGGUACAUGGGCAGAUGUGAAGAUGAACAACCUGAGAUAAAGGUGAUUGGCAAUAAUGUUUGCAAAGAAAUUGCUACAAAACAGAUUGCGAGGCCUAGAAAAGGAAAGUUGUCAGCUAGAAAAUUAAGUGUAAAGUAUGAAAUGCUUCACAUGAUUGUGAAUAUCCCCAUUGCAUCUCCUUCGCUUAUAUGUGGAAUCAUUCUCAGUCAAAACCUAAGUAUCCUGAAUAGUGUUGAUGCUGCAAGAAAGAGGGAAUCUCCUCUUUCUCUUUACUCAACCUCCAAGGCUGGUCUGAUUGCUGAAUUAAAGGACACAUGUAAAGCUUUGGAUGAUACUAUCAAGAUCUGCACUGAAAGGAAGAUUAGGCUUGAGAGACUGAUCAAAUAUUUGUUUGAAGAGAGUCCUGAUGAGAAUAUGGCUGGUGAUGCUGAAAAAGGAGAUGAGAAAGAAGAGGAUGUUGCUACUGGUGCUACCUCUGCAGAUAAAUCAGAUGCUUCUGUUGACAUCUGA